UUGAAGCGAGUACAAACGCCUCCCUCUUGCGUGUUGGGCACGCCAACAAACACCGACAGCACCGACUGCACUCAAACCAAAGGGGAACAGUCAUGUCUGCUGUUGCAGGCACUGCCCCGGCUCUGCCGAUCAACCCCGCGGACUGGUCCUACCUAGCCGAAGGCGGCUUCCACAUUAUCCUUCGCUACGACGGCGAGGACCCGGAGCUUUCGGGCCGGAUCCUCAGAAUUGGGAAGAAAGCUCUCGGCCACCAGAAGGAGGAAGGCGGAAAAGAGCCCGCUGCGCCUGCUGCCCCGGCGGUGGUGCCGGAUGAAGCUGGCGCGAGGAGAAAAUUCGAGCGCGGCGUGCUUAUUCCGUUGCUCGGGGAGCAAUACGUUCAGCCAGGGGAUGCGGUAACGCUCUCUCGGGAGGACAUCGGGAAGAUCCACCUCAGCAUUGACCACCUUCGUCCGGAGGGGCGCAUCAAGAAGGACAACGGAGACUGGUCUUCGGCCUGUCAACUGGAGCCGGACAAGACGGCCUUCUGGCUCAAGCUUCCCUCUGCACCCUCAACCGCAGGUCCAGCAUCCCCAACUGAGGAUCGCAACAAGAAGGGCAUCGUCAUCGCGGUGGAGAUUAAGCCCAAGGGGGCGACCAUGCCGGUAGGAACCCUGGUGCCACCCGGAAACAACCGUCUCAAGUACCGGGUCGCGAGGUUCGACGCCCAGCAGAUGUUCAAGGCGCAGGGAGAGCAGUCCUGGGGGUCCAUCGACAGGCCAUGCCUGUACCAUCCCCGAGAGUUGUACUCGGGAGAUGCGGGUCGGGCUGCAGCAACCCUCAAGGAGCUCAUGAAAACGCCACAGAACAAGCUGAGGGCGUGGGAAAACGGAAACAUGCUGUUCGGGGCCGGUUCCGGCAAGGGCGAUGAAGACAUGACGGAAAGCGGCGAGACUGCCGGCGAGGUGGCGCUAGGCAAGGCGGUAGUGGCUGCGGGGCUCGCUGGCGGAGACGGGACACCCGCGCAAGCUCUGAUGGACUUGGUGGGCGAGAUCCUGGCAAAGGAGCCGCUGGUUUCGAGGCUCGUGGCAGCUCAGGCGUUGGACGUGCUCGGGAUCGAGGGUGGGGGUCUCGUCUUCGACAAGCUUGUCUCGCUGUGCGGAGGCUCAAAGGAAGAGGCUCUCAAUAUGCUCGAGGCUCAGGAGUCGGAUCCUUUCGUGGCUGAGCCGACAGACAAGGACUUGAUCGUGCCCGUGGCUACCCUCGAAGCGCUGAGGGCGGGUUCGCCCUUGGUAGCCGGGGAAGCGAGCAGCAUUGACACCCUUCACGCCAAGGGGCUGCUUGCCGUAGAGAAGCUGGGCGUCAAAGACUGCGUGCAGCUGCUGAGAAGGUACAUCAUCGCCCUCGGCGUUAUGGACUGCAGCGUGAUGAUUUCACUCAAGUCUAUUCCCGCUGCGCCCGAGGGUGGUUCCGGCGACGAGGGCCAGCCGUCGGCAGUGCAAGGCAAGGACGUGGCAGGCGUGUUUCAGACCGGGGGCGGCCGGAGGGUGGCGUACUGCGUCUCGGUGGUGGACGCCGGGCCGAAGCCCCCGACCAAGCUCAGCGGAAAGGCCAAGCACGAGGCCGAGAUCUGGGACUACGUGGCCGGGCAGGAAGAAGCCGGCCAAGUCGUAUGAAAACCUGAUAAAAGUUACGAUGCCUUUUUUAUGGAACUUCUGGACCAAUAGCGCAAGUCGACGUACCAGGACCGGCUAUCUCGUGCAUGAGCCAAGUGUUGAAUAGAACACGAAUGGCGUAGAAUAUUGUUAUCUAUUGUGUGCGUGUUGGUUUACACUUGUUUGCGCGUGUCUUUAUCAUUUGCAUCGACCGCGCUAACCGACUGACCAAUGGAAAGACGCCAUUCUUAGUGCGGUUGAAAACACAAAAUACUUGUAAAUGUCCUGACCUUCGCGUUUUGCUGGAGUUCCGGGGAAAGGUGUGUACUGGAUUGUUCACGGAGCGUUUUGUUCGGCGGGGCGGAGCGGUGUGAACGUUUGAAUCGCUCCGUUAUAUGAGCAAAAAGUCGCUCCCUCCCGUGAGUUUUUUCCCUCAGAUAGACGACCCCGCUCCGCUCCGUGAGGUUUUUCA